CUUUGGUAUUCUUCUUUGGGAAAUGGCCACCAUGGGAGGUAUACCAUAUCCUACACUGACCAAUUCAGAGCUGUGUAAACUUUUGAAGACUGGUUAUCGCAUGGAAAGGCCUGAUAUGUGUUGUGACGAAGUAUAUGAAUUGAUGUGCGAAUGCUGGAAGGAAGAUCCGUCGACUCGCCCCAGUUUCUCGGGGUUGGUCGACAAACUGGAGGUGAUCAUGACGAGGGAUGUACCAUAUUUUGACUUGAACAGGCAUGAUGACUCACGCCCCUACUUCAACGUGCCCGCCUGAAAGCGGAUAAGUUAGUGGAAAUGAAAGUAACAAAAGGAACCAUGGCGCGUAAAAUACACCGCAGACUUACUUAGUACUAUGUAAAACUUGGAAUAAAUAUUUUUACAUGUUGCAACUGAAAAUGCCAUCGACUAUCGAUUCUGGAGCCAUCCAUUUGAUUUCACAUAAAUUGUUCAAAUAAAUUAAAUUAAAUUACUUUAUCUUACACUGUACUUGAUUCUGCUGUGUUAGUUGCAUACGCUGUAAACUGAAGAAUUAAAGCAAUAUUGAGGAAGAAGAGACCAGACAACAAGAUGGGUACGUUUGAAGUUCUCGGCAUCUAAGAGAAAAUUUUAGGUGCUUUCGAUGGAUUUUAAGAUUCUGAGUUGUAAUUUUAAAUGAGAAUUUUAAAUCCUUCUUGUUAAUGUAGCUGUAAAUAUUUUCAUUAAAAAAAGCUCAUGAGACCAUCAGCUAGAACAGGUCUAUAAUAUAGAAUUCUCGGAAUACAUAACCACGCGUAAAUAAAGGUAAGGUAAAUAAAGCAAAGCUUUAUGCUCACACUAAAAAGGUCUAAAAACAAUACCACUUGUAACCUUUGAGGAAUAGAACAAUGGAAUGGAAAGAAAAAACUCAAUAAAUACUAUGAAAACACUUUUUUUACUCAUCAAUGUGGA